AUGGGAAUCCCUUUGAACUCGGAUGCUCCAAGUCCGAGAUCCACUCCGGAGCCGAUUGCUAUCGUUGGAGUUGGCUGUCGAUUCCCUGGAAAUGCGAAUACUCCAUCGAAGUUAUGGGAUCUUUUGAAUGAGCCGUACGAGACGGGCAAAGAUAUCCCGAUAAACCGUUUCAACUUGAACAAGUUCUAUCAUCCUGAUGGAUCCCACCAUGGUACAUGUAAUGUCAAGAGAACAUACUUCUUGGAUGAAGAUGUACGGGUAUUUGACGCAGGAUUCUUUGGAAUCCCUCCUGGAGAGGCCGCUGCGAUGGAUCCCCAGCAUCGACUUCUGAUGGAGACUGUCUAUGAGGCAAUGGAGACAGCGGGUAUGACAAUUUCUAGCCUUCAAGGAUCCGAUACAGCAGUAUAUGUCGGAAUCAUGUGCAGUGAUUAUUAUAUCUUGGGCGCGCAAGACUACCGGGAGGUCCCAACUUAUAACUCCACCGGUAUUGCAAACAGUAAUGCCUCUGCUCGACUCUCCUACUUCUUUGAUUGGCAUGGUCCGUGUAUGACACUGGACACUGCGUGUUCGUCAAGCUUGGUGGCCCUUCACCAAGCCGUUCAAUCUCUCCGGGCAGGUACCUCUCGGGUGGCCGUAGCCGCUGGGACGAACCUCUUACUUUCGCCUAUGGGAUAUAUCUCAGAAAGCAAGCUAGGCAUGCUGUCUCCUUCGGGACGCUGCCAGAUGUGGGAUGCCAAUGCUGAUGGUUAUGCUCGUGGCGAAGGGGUUGCGGCAGUUAUGUUGAAGAAACUGAGCGAUGCAAUUGCAGAUGGAGAUGAUAUCCAAUGCAUUGUUCGCGAAACUGGAGUCAAUCAAGACGGCAAAACCAAAGGAAUUACUAUGCCAAGUGCCAUUACGCAGGCUGCUUUAAUUCGCGAAACUUAUGCCCGAGCCGGUCUUGAUUUGAAUGCAAAAUGGGAUCGACCGCAGUAUUUUGAAGCUCACGGGACAGGCACCCCAGCUGGCGACCCCCAAGAGGCUGAGGCUUUGCAUACUGCGUUUUUUUCUGGCGAAUCUUAUGAACCGGAUGAAGUGUUACAUGUCGGGUCAAUUAAGACUGUUAUAGGGCAUACGGAGGGCACUGCAGGCUUAGCAGGGAUUAUCAAGGCCUACCUGGCAAUGAAGCAUGGAGUAAUUCCACCUAACUUGCAUUUCAACAAUCUGAGUCCGGCGGUAUCACCUUUCUAUGACCACCUCAACCUUGUCACUGUCCAACAACCAUGGCCUAUUUUGCCCACAGAUGUACCACGGCGAGCUAGUGUCAACAGCUUUGGAUUUGGAGGAACCAACGCUCAUGCCAUUCUCGAGAGCUAUGGGCAGCUAGACCGGGGCACGCCGUUAACAGCAGCCCCAUCAGAACCAGUAUCUCCUUUCCUUCCGUACCUUUUUUCAGCCGCUUCCGAGAAAUCGCUUCGCAUAUUGGUAGAGUCGUAUGGCGAAUAUUUAAACAACAACCCUGGUAUAGAUGUCCGCAAACUUGCCUAUACACUGGCCUGCCACCGGUCGGCAUUUGCAUACAAAAUUUCCUACCCUGCAGCAGGCCAGGAGGAGCUGUCCAAAGCAAUAGAAACAAGCCUGUCUGCCGAAUCCAGUCCCUUCACAUCGCGCUCUUCUGUCAAAGAACCAUCGAUUCUUGGCAUAUUCACCGGUCAAGGUGCACAAUGGCCGCAGAUGGGUGCCCAGCUAAUCCAAUCAUCCCUGUACGCUGAAAAUAUCAUUACCGAACUGGACAUGGCCUUGACUGCUCUACCAGAAUCAGAUCGCCCCAGCUGGACGCUACGGGACGAGCUGCUUGCAAACGCUGAUACGAGUCGACUUGGGGAGGCCGCAGUAGCGCAGCCAGUGACUUGUGCCGUCCAGAUCAUGCUGGUAGGCUUGCUGAGACGCGCUGGUGUUAGAUUUCAAUCCGUUGUCGGUCAUAGCUCCGGUGAAAUAGCUGCGGCUUACGCUGCCGGGUUUAUCAGCAGCACCGAUGCUAUUCGCAUUGCGUACUACCGUGGCUUCCAUUCCAAACUAGCCAAAGGGCCCUCUGGCCAGUUGGGAGGCAUGUUAGCUGUGGGGACAUCAUACGAGGAUGCCCAGGAGCUUUGUGCUCUAGAGGACUUCGAAGGCAGAAUUGUAGUUGCCGCUUCAAACUCUGCCACAAGUGUAACGAUCUCUGGUGACCUUGAUGCAAUCGAAGAAGUAAAGGUCAUUUUAGAAGAAGAGGAGAAGUUCGUGCGGUCUUUAAGAGUGGACAAAGCAUAUCACUCCCACCAUAUGAAGUCGGUUGCACAAAGUUUCAUAGACAGUCUCAGGGCCUGCAGCAUCACACUGUUGACACCUCCGGCUGACGCUCCCACUUGGCACUCGAGCGUCUAUCAAGAUACGGUCAUUGAUGCAAACACUGCCCUAGACGGGCAGUACUGGACAGAUAACCUCAACCGCCCAGUAUUGUUUUCGCAGGCACUUGAAACUGCUUCGAAAUCGGUUGAGCUAUUCAAUGCAGCACUCGAGGUUGGUCCUCACCCUACUCUGAAAGGGCCCGCCUUGGAUACAAUCCAACAGGCAACAAACGGUAAAUUGGAAUAUAUUGGCUGCUUGUCGCGUGGCAAGAAUGAUAUUCAGUCCUUCAGUGGCGCUCUGGGAGCCAUCUGGUCUGCAGCUGGCCCUUCCGCGGUUGAUUUCAGCGCUUUCCAAGCAGCCGUUUUCGAGGAUGCGAGUACAAUUACCGCUUUUGAUGACCUGCCUAGAUACCCUUGGAGUCAUGAUAGGGUGCUAUGGGCAGAAUCACGAUCGACUAAGUUAAUGAGGCAGCAAGAUGACCACUGGCAUGACAUCCUGGGUACUCGUGAAGCGGAUGGGACAGAGGAGGAAUGGAGAUGGCGCAAUAUCCUCACUCCCAAAGAACUUCCGUGGUUAACUGAUCAUGCCUUGCAGGGCCAAACUGUAUUCCCUGCAACGGGUUACUUCUGUCUUGCCAUGGAAGCUAUAAUGCAAGUCGCGGGUAAACGUCCGGUGCAGCUCCUUGAGCUAACCGACCUCAAAAUCCGGAAGGCGAUCGCAAUUGACGAAAGGGAUGGUACUGAAACAAUAGUCUCGUUAACCAAGAUCCAGCAGGAUGAACAGGAGAUCACGGCCUACUUUGCAUGCUUCUCGACCAUUAGCAGAGACUCUCUUCAACUUGCGUUGAACUCGACAGGUAACGUGCGCGUUAUACUGGGGGAGCCAGCUCCUGAUAUCCUGGCGCCUCGUUCUCCACCAAUUCAUGGAAUGCAGCCAGUCGACAGUGAACAUUUCUAUGAAGAAGUGGCCAAGAUAGGCUACAACUAUGGCCCGACUUUCCGUGGAAUCCAGUCUUUAGAACGAAAACUAGGACAUUCCCGUGGUAAGAUCGUUGGUCCCCCGAAUAAUGAAACUGGAACGGCCCUCCUCUUCCACCCAGGAAUGCUUGACGCAGCAUUACAAGGCAUGCUUUGUGGAUUUAGUUCUCCUGGUGAUGGGCGUUUGUGGUCUCUCCAUGCACCUUCCACCAUCCGCCGAGUGACCCUAGUCCCCAGUCUAUGUGGUAUGGACAUGACCAAAGAAGUGCACUUCGAUUGCGCAGUCACGGACGUGGAAUUCAACCGGCUCACAGGUGACGUCGAAGUUUUCCAGAGUGACACUGGCUACAAAUCUAUUUCAGUGGAAGGGACGAGUUUCAUCCCCUUCACAGCUGCCACUCAUAUCCACGAUCGCCAACUUUUCGCAUAUGACGGUUGGGGGUUGGAGGCUCCAAAUGGUGCGUUGGCUUUGGGGUCAUACCGAGCAACGGCUGAUGAAAUCCAGAAGGGAUUGGAUGCAGAGAGAGUCGCCUUUUACUACCUGAGGGCGUUGCAUGAGACAGUACCGCAGGAUGAGCGGACUGCGCUUCAGCUUCCAUCGCAUCAUGAAGCGCUUUUCGACUAUGCCCAGCAUAUCUAUGAUAUUGUACAAAAGGAUGAGCAUGCGUAUGUGAAACGAGAAUGGAUGAAUGACACUUACGAGGAGAUAUGUGCUAUAAUGGAAAGAUACGGCCCUAAGGACCCUGACUUUUUAUUAAUCGCCGCAUCUGGAGAAAACUUACCUGCUGUUGUCCGCGGCGAAACAACAAUUCUCGAACAUAUGACGAAGGGAAACAAGCUCAACAAUUAUUACCAGAAUGCGUUAGGAUUCCACAAGCUUAACGAGCUGAUUUCUAUCACAGCUGCUCAAAUUGCGCACCGAUAUCCAAACAUGAAUAUCUGUGAAAUCGGUGCUGGCACAGGUGGUUCAUCCCGGGCAAUUUUUGGAAAGCUCGGCGCAGCAUACACAUCCUAUACUUACACUGAUAUCUCGGCUGGUUUCUUCGAAAAAGCCCAGGAAGAAUUUGCACCGUACCGUAACCGAAUGAUUUACAAAACCCUUGACAUCACGUCGAGUCCAGUUGAUCAGGGCUUUGUUGAAGGCGCAUACGAUCUUGUAGUGGCCGCAAAUGUGCUUCACGCUACCCCAGACCUCGAAGAGACGUUGCGCAGCACACGUCGCCUUUUAAAGCCUGGCGGUUAUUUAGUGAUGAUGGAAUUUAUUGACGAGAGCGUAAUGCGACUCGGUGUCAUUAUCGGUGGUCUGCCCGGAUGGUGGGUUGGGCGGGAGACUGGACGGAGGUAUUCUCCAAAUGUGCCCUUGGAACAAUGGAAUGAGCUUCUACUGAAGUCUGGAUUCGGUGGCAUCGAUACCCAUACGCCUGUUUAUGAUCCUGUGGUUAUGCCUGCGUCUAUUAUCACAGCCCGAGCCAUUGACGACCAGAUAACCAUGUUGAAAAGCCCACUGUCGAUUGCCGAAGGCAGCCUUCCAUCAUCAAAACGCACUGACCUCAUCAUUCUUGGUGGCAGUAAGAACACGACGAUGGCUCUUGUUGAUGGAGUUUCCAGCUAUUUAAAGCCUCACUAUAAAAGUGUGAUCCAAAUCAACGCACUGGAAGACCUCAAUGUGACAUCAAUUCCGGAAAAAUGCAGUGUCAUAAACCUCAGUGACUUUGACGGUCCCUUCUGGACGGACAUAACAACAGAUCGUUUCGAGAAACUCAAGGCACUUCUCAUGGUAUCUGUCAACUUAUUAUGGGUUACCUGGGGCUCUAGCCGGGACAACGGCGAUGGCGCCAUGACUGUGGGCUUUUUUCGCUCCCUGUUCUAUGAACUUCCGGAGUCGCAGUUGCAAAUUCUCACUUUGGAGAGCCCUGCUCCGGAAUCCGGAACAGCUUCUUUGAUUGCCGAGAGGAUUCUUCGCCUAGAAAUUACCACAGGAUGGCAGCGGACCCCAUCCGGGAAUGGCAAGCUGUGGUCCAUCGAGCCCGAGUAUAGGAUGGAGCAGGGAGAAAUCUUAGUUCCACGUGUGAUACCCGAAAGACAUCAAAACGAUAGGUAUAAUUCCGCAAAACGUAAGAUAAUCACGGAGGUCAAUCUCAAGCAGGCCAUCGUGACUCUCGGUUGGGGUAACAACGAAUACAAUCUACGAGAGCAAGAGACUUCAAGUUUUCCGACUCUCCCAGGUUACCGACGAGUUCGGGUCGAUACGUCGAUAUUAUCUUCACUUCUAACGCCUGCUGGGCGACUCUUCGUCAGUCUUGGAACGGACCUCGAUAAUGGUGGCCGAGUCCUUUCUGUAUCCCCGAAAAAUGCGUCCACGAUACAGGUUUCGGAGCAGUGGUCUGUCCCUGUUGACGUUGGCAGAGGAAUUGAUGUUCAGUAUCUCUCAUUCCUCCUAGGCUACCUGUCGAGCCGCAAUAUCGCUGCACUUUUGCCCUGUGGCGGUACUCUUGUGGCCCAUGAACCGGAUCCAGGACUUGCAUCCAUGCUUUCUCGUCACCCAGCUAUGUCUGGUUCGCGCGUGGUUUUCACCACCUCAAAUCCUCAGCUGGUCAGGAGGAACUGGGUGCUUCUACACCCACGCACCCCCAGUCGCCAACUGAAAGCAGCACUUCCUAGAGAUGUAUCGAUGUAUCUGGACCUCUCUAGUGACUGGUCAACAGUGCCAUGCACAGAAUCGUUGGGCAGCAGAAUCUCCGCCUGUCUUCCCCCUCUUUGUGAAAAGUUUGACGGAGCUGUUUUGGGUGCUCGCGAAUCAUCCCAGCGGCCUGGUUCUCAUGAUGAGAGUAUUCAUCAGCUGCUUAUGGAUGUCAAUGCGUUUGCUGUGGCCCAGCUAAAUGGUGUUCCAGACGGAAUGCCAAUGCGAUUGUAUCCGUUGAGUUAUAUUGUGAGCAAUACUGAACCCUUAGGACCUAUGAGCCUCGUCAAUUGGCAUUCUGAAUCCGAGGUCCCUGUCCAAGUCGAACCCAUCUUCAACCGAAAUGACUUAUUUCAGCCAGAUAAGACUUAUUGGCUCCUCGGUCUAGCGGGAGAUCUAGGCCGUUCACUAUGCGAUUUCAUGGUCACUCGCGGUGCUCAACAUGUUGUUCUCAGCAGUCGAAACCCGGUAGCUGACACACAAUGGAUCGAGGACCAUGCGCUUCAAGGGGUGACUGUCAGCUACCUGAAGGCAGAUAUUACCGACCGAGCUGACCUUGAACGAGCCCGUGAGGAGCUGCUUCAAACCGCACCUCCGAUCGCAGGUGUGGCCAAUGGUGCGCUCGUCUUGCGCGACAAAGGUCUGAUUAACAUGGACCUGGAUACAUUCCAUGCCAACACUCGAUGCAAGGUCGAGGGUACGACAUACCUUGAUGAAAUGUUCCCUGACAACACGCUAGACUUCUUUAUCGCGUUCUCCUCCAUCAGCGCCACGGUCGGGAACAUGGGCCAAAUGGCAUACACUGCAGCCAACAUGUUCAUGAAAGCGCUUAUUUCACAACGGCGACAUCGCAAUGUGGCAGGGUCCGUCAUUGACAUCUCUCAAGUUUUUGGCGUUGGCUACGUUGAGCGUGAGAUGAAGCUUCGGAACGCGAUGAGCCGUGAACAAGCAAUCCGACUGAUGGAUAAAUCUGGCACAAUCAUCAUGUCGGAACCUGAUCUGCAUCAGCUGUUUGCCGAAGCCGUGAUUUCCGGGCGCCCAGACUCCCAGCUCGAUCCCAACAUCAUCACGGGAGUCAAGACAAUGACUACUGCGGAGUCCAAGGACGCCAUUUGGCGUAGCAAUCCCCGAUUCGGCCAUUUCAUCCAGGAUGUCGGCGCCGUUAAAGCGCCCAGUGCGACAAAGGCAGCGACAAUCCCUGUGAAAACACAGCUCGAAGGCGCAAAGGACGCGGAGGAGAUGUCAACGAUUCUCAAAGCCGCCUUGACCGCGAAAUUGAAGAGCAGCCUGUUGAUGAAUGAUGAGACAAUCGCCGAGACGACUCCUCUCAUCGACCUGGGCGUUGAUUCACUCGUUGCAGUCGAGAUCCGAACAUGGUUUGCACAAGAAGUGUCCAUGGACGUGGCAGUGCUCAAGAUCCUAGGUGGCCCAUCGAUCCAAGAACUGGUCGACGACACUUUGGCGAAGCUGCUCCCAACUGUCGCUUGA